AUCCAUCGUCACAACUCUAUCCGGGAUGCAAUAUUUUCAGCAGCACAGACAGCUGCUUUAGCGCCCCGGAAGGAGUUGCCAUCUCUCGUGCCCUGCUCCCAAUCUCGCCCUGCUGACAUUUUCCUCCCUAACUGGGAAAGAGGUCGUCCAGCCGCACUUGACGUCUCCGUCAUUUCCACUCUGCAACAGCUUACUUUGAAUGGUGCAGCCAGUGUCCAAGGGCACGCAUUGAGAGUAGGAGAAGAGAGGAAGAUGGCCCUUCACGCAGCCUCAUGCCGGGCUGUGGGAGUGUCGUUUGUCCCUCUCCUGGUCGAGUCUCUCGGAGGCUGGAGUGAUCUCGCUGCCAAAACCCUCCAGUAUCGGUCGGCUCCUAGGGCAGCGGCUGGGCUUACCUCCCUCCGAAACCACCCGUCACCUCUUCCAACGGUGCGCUAUUUGCCUCUGGAGAGGAAAUGCAACUCUGUGGCUUCACCGUUGCCCAAUGCCUCCCCCGCACAUUGACAGUAUUAUUUAGCGUUUUUCUUUGUUGUUUUUGUUGUUGUUGUUUUGUUGUUGUUGUAUUUUGUCUAUUUGUUUGUUUGUUCUUUGUUUUUGCUUUUUUUUUGCUUGUCUAUUGUAUCGUUUACUUCUCAAAAAGGAUUAUACUCUGAUCUACACAUGUAGUCCAAUGUUUUGCGUAUUAUAAUACUGAUACUACUGACGCCUGGGAGAGCGCAGUUUACUACGGCUACACGCAGCGGUCAGUCACCCACUGAGUUCUGUAAACCAAAGCGGUCAGUCACCCUGAGAUCGACGCCAUGGGAGCUCCGAAGUUUUUUUUAUAAGCGUACCCACCGGGUCAUCAGCCCCGCAGUUUCUUGGAGAGCGAGUCAGUGCAGUCACCAAGCGGGAUAAUGUCAGACGUGCGUACGACGAGCGAAGACGACCACGCGAGCGAGACUGCGACCGAGCGAGCGGCACAACUGGCAGAGACCGCCGCGGACAACGAACAGGUGGACGCGCAAGGUCAAGUGGCGACGGACGGAGGCCUUGAAGUAGAUCAGACAGCGGCGGCCGAGGGCUCAACCGACGGUUUCUCACGGACUGUCGAACAAGGGGGCGGGGCAGUACAUGUAGCAGAACCGACUGCUGCGCGAGUGGUGGAACGUCUAAGAAUUAGAUGGGGGUGCAACAACUCCAAAAAAUACGACGGGAAGGUGGAGGAUGUCCCAGCUCAGUGGGUGAUCGAUGGGAGUUUGGCUGACAGUGAACAUCGGGAGAGGAAAAACCUGGGCUGGGACAGUGACGGAGAUAUUAUACCAGCAAAAUCCUCUGGAUUGGGCUCUCCCCAUUAAGCGGAGCAGACAUCAAUCACCGCACUGCCACCAGCCCGGCCCAUCACCUCCUGCUGCUAAUUUUGUUGCUGACCAGAAACUGUGCAAACCUAGGAAAAAAAGGAAGGGAAAAGAGAGAGCUGAACAAGAUAGUGAGUGUGAUAAUGGAGAAAAACCCUGCAAGAAGUUGAAGCAUGAGAAACUGGAAAAAGGGAGAGGUGGAAGAAAGGGAAAAGAGAGUGGCAAGCUAUUGAAGGUUCACGAGAAAGGAGAGCCAAUCACAGACACGAGCCCUACUAAACUACCAACCAGGAAGGCGGAUACAUUGUGUGAAGAUAAAACUUUGGAAACUGCAUCCAAAGGUGGCAGGUGCAGCUGGUUGAAAAUGUCACUCAAAAUCUUCAUCAGAUGACUAAAGCUAUUCAUGAAGGGUUUGAGAAGUUAUGCAGCUUCUUUCCACCAGCUUCUACAUCAAUCAUACCGGCCCCACCAGCUCCCACAUCAAUCGUACCGGCCCCACCAGCUCCCACAUCAAUCGUAUUGGCCCCACCAGGGUCCCGGGGAGACGGCCCCCCAAAGGGGGGCAUGACAACACUCCCGACCACUCCCAGUGGGACUGGACUGCAGAGAAAGAGGCUCCUGACCUCACUGUCUCCUUGUCCUUGAGAGGUGCAAGGUCUUUGAGGCAGGAGUAGCCAUGCACACAAACACCAGACAAUAACUAAUACAGUUUGGCUCAAUAAAAGACCAGUAAACUGUAGAUGAAUAAACUACUUGUAGAAACCUCCAAAUACUCACUGCGGGAACCUAAAAUAGAGGCCCACAGACUCACUGGGGAACCUAGAACCCAGGUCUACUAACUCCACUGGGGAACCUAGAAAACCCAGGUCCGCUAAUCCACUGGGGAACCUAUAGAACUCAGGCCCACACACUCACUGGGGAACCUAGAACUCAGGCCCACACACUUACUGGGGAACCUACAACUCAGGCCCACACACUGACUGGGGAACCUAGAACUCAGGCCCACACACUUACUGGGGAACCUAGAACUCAGGCCCACACACUGACUGGGGAACCUAGAACUCAGGCCCACACAUUCACUGGGGAACCUAGAACCUAGGCCCACUAAACCACGGGGGAACCUAGAACUCAGGCCCACACACUUACUGGGGAACCUAAAACUCAGGCCCACACACUUACUGGGGAACCUAGAACCCAGGUCUACUAACUCCACUGGGGAACCUA